UCUACGAUUUUUGGAACAGUGCCUGAUUGCCUAAAAUAUAUUUCAAAAAAUCUCAUCGACAUUCGUCUGUCGAAACUCGAAAUUAUUUAUGAAUAACGUAUGAGCAACCGAAAAUGGUUGUGAAAUAACCGGAUAUCAGAGCACAAAGCUGUAUUGUGGUAUAGUUGAAGCGUCCCGAUAAAUACCAACAUUAUUUUACAGAGAGACCCAGCAACUACCGCAGUAACAACUACAGCUGGAACCGCGCAUAUAUUGUCAAAUGUGGAUUAAAUUUUUCAAGCAGAUUUUCCGCCCCGACAAAGUUGCAUAAACAAUUAGGGACUAGACUGAUUUAAUUUAACUACACUAUUAAAAUUGAAAAGAGAAACCGCUGGGUAAUUCCAGAAUAACCUUACCAGCAGUAGAACCAAUAUUAUGGAAAUAACUUAUCGAGUAGCACCCAGCAAUAAGUACAAAAGCUAUAAAAAAGAAAACCCAACACAGAGUGGAAAAUAUGAUUGAGGCGACGAAGAAUGGUAACUUCUGGUUCAUACCAAGACAACCUCGAUUGCUGGAAAUCAAAAACUGCAAAAAAUAUCCCAUCAAGAAGAGCCCAUAAACAAGAACACUAGCUAUAAUACAAGGAUUCAAAGCCAAAUUGAAUUCAUCAUAAGAAGAAAUUUAUUUUAGUUUUCUUUGACGAAGAAUGGUAACUUCUGGUUCAUACCAAGACAACCUCGAUUGCUGGAAAUCAAAAACUGCAAAAAAUAUCCCAUCAAGAAGAGCCCAUAAACAAGAACACUAGCUAUAAUACAAGGAUUCAAAGCCAAAUUGAAUUCAUCAUAAGAAGAAUUUUAUUUUAGUUUUCUUUGGUACCUAAAUGAAGAAUGGUAACUUCUGGUUCUUACCAAGACAACCUCAAUUGCUGGAAAUCAAAAACUGCAAAAAAUAUCCCAUCAAGAAGAGCCCAUAAACAAGAACACUAGCUAUAAUACAAGGAUUCAAAGCCAAAUUGAAUUCAUCAUAAGAAGAAUUUUAUUUUAGUUUUCUUUGAUGAAGAAUGGUAACUUCUGGUUCUUACCAAGACAACCUCAAUUGCUGGAAAUCAAAAACUGCAAAAAAUAUCCCAUCAAGAAGAGCCCAUAAACAAGAACACUAGCUAUAAUACAAGGAUUCAAAGCCAAAUUGAAUUCAUCAUAAGAAGAAUUUUAUUUUAGUUUUCUUUGAUGAAGAAUGGUAACUUCUGGUUCUUACCAAGACAACCUCAAUUGCUGGAAAUCAAAAACUGCAAAAAAUAUCCCAUCAAGAAGAGCCCAUAAACAAGAACACUAGCUAUAAUACAAGGAUUCAAAGCCAAAUUGAAUUCAUCAUAAGAUGAUUUUUAUUUUAGUUUUCUUUGAUGAAGAAUGGUAACUUCUGGUUCUUACCAAGACAACCUCAAUUGCUGGAAAUCAAAAACUGCAAAAAAUAUCCCAUCAAGAAGAGCCCAUAAACAAGAACACUAGCUAUAAUACAAGGAUUCAAAGCCAAAUUGAAUUCAUCAUAAGAAGAAUUUUAUUUUAGUUUUCUUUGAUGAAGAAUGGUAACUUCUGGUUCUUACCAAGACAACCUCAAUUGUUGGUAAUCAAAAACUGCAAAAAAUAUCCCAUCAAGAAGAGCCCAUAAACAAGAACACUAGCUAUAAUACAAGGAUUCAAAGCCAAAUUGAAUUCAUCAUAAGAAGAAUUUUAUUUUAGUUUUCUUUGAUGAAGAAUGGUAACUUCUGGUUCUUACCAAGACAACCUCAAUUGUUGGUAAUCAAAAACUGCAAUAAAUAUCCCAUCAAGAAGAGCCCAUAAACAAGAACACUAGCUAUAAUACAAGGAUUCAAAGCCAAAUUGAAUUCAUCAUAAGAAGAAUUUUAUUUUAGUUUUCUUUGAUGAAGAAUGGUAACUUCUGGUUCUUACCAAGACAACCUCAAUUGCUGGAAAUCAAAAACUGCAAAAAAUAUCCCAUCAAGAAGAGCCCAUAAACAAGAACACUAGCUAUAAUACAAGGAUUCAAAGCCAAAUUGAAUUCAUCAUAAGAAGAAUUUUAUUUUAGUUUUCUUUGUAUUUGCCCGCUGCCAGAAACAACUUAAAAUACACACGCACGUCCUCCAAUAGUGUCGUCCCGUUGCCGUUUCCUAUAGAUGAUAGUAGCUACAACAACGGUCCGCCGUACAAACUUUCACACACGGAACGCAGCUAUCGCCGAUACUCAAGCAAAAUGGAAGACAUGGUCCAACAUUCGAAUGAUUUUGUCCGGUUCUCUGGACCCGGCCAAGACGAUGAUAAAAAAGUGUUUGUUGGCGGCCUAGCCAAGACCAUUACCGAGAAUGAACUUCAUGAUUAUUUCAUGCAAUAUGGUGACAUUGAAAACAUCAUCAUAAAGACCGACCCAACUACCGGAGAAUCUAGAGGGUUUGCAUUUGUACAGUUCGUGAAUGCCAAGACUGUGGACGAUUUGUUGGCUACUAAGGAUCAUUUCAUUGCUAAUAUAAAAGUCGAUCCUAAGAGGAUAAUUAAGAAAGUUAACAAAUUUUUUUGUCAAAUCUUUGUUGGACGCUUAACUACUGAAAUGACAGAACAAGAUUUACGCAAUUAUUUUGUUCAAUUCGGUCAAAUUAUUGAGUUUUAUCAACCUUUUAAUAAAAUGAAAAACGAAGUGAGAAGUUAUUGUUUCAUAACGUUUGAAGAUCCUGAAGUUGUUAAUGAAGUACUGAAAAAUCCCAAACCAAUUAUUAGUGGUAAAGAAGUAGAUAUACAAAAAGUCAAGUUUAAUCCAGUAAAAAUGACUGGUCAUGGAAUCAUGAGUGUUCCAAUGGACGGUGCUAGACCUCCUGCUACUUUUGGUAUGAUACCAGCAUAUCCUGGUUAUAUGGCACUAGAAACUGCUUCGCCCUAUGGUACUGCUGCAGAUUAUGGUUAUGCAGCUAAUGAUGCAUACGGUGCUUAUGGUGGAGAUGGCUAUUCCGCAAUUGGCUAUGGGGUUGGUGGUUAUCAAGCACAAGUCUAUUAUCCAGGUGGCCAGUAUCAAGAAGCAACAUAUCCACGACAUGCAUUUUAUUGAAUUACCUAAUCUGUAUCAAAAUGUAAACACUACAUGAUUAUUACCUUUAUUCUACAUUAAUUUAUUUGUACAACAGUAUUUUAUUUUUAAAUUAUAGGUGAAAAAAAAUCUGAACUGUCUUAUUAUUUAUAAUGUAUAAUCUUGUGAAAUUUGUCGAUUAAAUACAAAAAAAAAAAAAAUGUAAUAAUUAUAAGUUAAUAGUUAUUAGAAAUCAAAUCAAAUAAUUUACUAAUAUUAUUAUUUUUAAAAAAUGUAUGUUUAUAUUUUAUAUAGAUGGGUAA